GCCCGUUCCGGCCCGGCCCCGCGCCCCGCGCCCCCGCCCUGUGCCCUCCGUGUGGUGCCGUCCGAGAGGAGCCGAGGCGGCCGGGUGGGCUGGUGGGCUGGCCCCGAGGAGGGCCGGGGCCGUCGCUGUGCUCCGCUCUUGGGCGCCGCCCUUCCAACUUUCUGUUUGUUUCACUCCGGGGGUGCGGUCACGGCUGCGCCUCCCCUCCCGGCGGGCGGCCCCGGGUCGACGCCCCGGCCUUACCUCCGCCCCGCCUUCCCGAUGCCGCGGAGUCAUGAGCCGGGAGGGCGCGGGGAUCCCGCUGGUGGUGGAGGUGAUCAGAGAUCGCCUUUGUUUUGCCAUUCUCUACAGCAGACCAAAGAGUUCAUCAAAUGUACAUUAUUUCAGCAUAGAUAAUGAACUUGAAUAUGAGAACUUCUACGCAGAUUUUGGACCACUCAAUCUGGCAAUGGUUUACAGAUAUUGUUGCAAGAUAAAUAAGAAAUUAAAGUCCAUCACAAUGAUGAGGAAGAAAAUUAUUCAUUUUACUGGCUCUGAUCAGAGAAAACAAGCAAAUGCUGCUUUCCUUAUUGGAUGUUAUAUGGUUAUAUAUUUGGGGAGAGCUCCAGAAGAAGCAUAUAGAAUAUUAAUGUGUGGAGCUACAUCCUACAUUCCUUUCAGAGAUGCUGCCUAUGGAAGUUGCAAUUUCUACAUUACACUUCUCGACUGUUUUCAUGCAGUAAAGAAGGCAAUGCAGUAUGACCUCCUUAAUUUCAACUCAUUUAACCUUGAUGAAUAUGAACACUAUGAAAAAGCGGAAAAUGGAGAUUUAAACUGGAUAAUACCAGACCGAUUUAUUGCCUUCUGUGGACCUCAUUCAAGAACCAGACUUGAAAGCGGUUACCACCAACACUCUCCUGAGGCUUAUAUUCCAUAUUUUAAGAAUCACAACGUUUCUACCAUCAUUCGUCUGAAUAAAAGGAUGUAUGAUGCCAAACGCUUUACGAAUGCUGGUUUCGAUCACUAUGAUCUUUUCUUUGCGGAUGGCAGCACCCCUACUGAUGCCAUUGUCAAAGAAUUUCUGGAUAUUUGUGAAAAUGCAGAGGGUGCCAUUGCAGUACAUUGUAAAGCUGGCCUUGGACGAACAGGCACUCUGAUAGCCUGUUACCUCAUGAAGCAUUACAGGAUGACAGCAGCCGAGACCAUUGCUUGGGUCAGAAUCUGCAGACCUGGCUCAGUAAUUGGACCGCAGCAGCAAUUUUUGGUGAUGAAACAGGCAAGCCUCUGGUUGGAAGGUGACUAUUUUCGUCAAAAGUUAAGGGGUCAGGAGAAUGGAAAACACAGAGCAGCUGUCUCAAAACUCCUCUUGGCUGUUGAUGACAUUUCAAUCAAUGGGGUCGAGAAUCAAGACAAGCAAGAACCUGAACUGUACAGUGAUGAUGAUGAAAUCCAUGGAGUGACACAAGGGGAUAGACUUCGGGCCCUGAAAAGCAGAAGACAGUCAAAAACAAAUGCUAUUCCCCUCACAUGUUCCCUAGCUGUGCUGACCUCUGCACUGUGUAGUGUUGUCAUCUGGUGGAUUGUUUGUGACUACAUUCUUCCCAUCCUGCUAUUCUGUCUUGAUGGUUUCAGAACACAGUAGCCGUCGGGACCCUUUGGCAAAUAGCUGCUGUUCCCUCCAUUUCAAGGACUAAAACAGUCUUGCGUUAAAUAAAAACCUGUGACCAGAACUGAAGGAAGACUCUAGGAACAGAGAACUACAGCAAGACUUAGCACAAUUUCUUUGGAAACAAAGCAAAAUUGCAAAGGCCUUAGCUGCUUUCCACCUAAGAAGUUUAUUCAAUGAAGACAAUGUCCACGGGAGUUUAAAUUACUACUUGAGUCUGGGCACAAGCAGUGACUUGAAGAAGACCCAGCUCUCUUUUGGUAGAAACGUCUCAAGUUGAACGACAAAGCUGUUAUAAAUUCCGUCUCAGGUGUAAAUAUCAAAGCCCUCUGCUGUCAGGAAAGCUGACCAGUCUGUGUGCUGCCCGUGUGUCCCUGUGAUGGCAAUCAUUUUAGCUGCUGGCCUUCAGAAGUAACGAUCUGAUGGAGGUUUUUUACGUAUUUAUUUUCUGUUCACCCUGUGUCAAAAUUUAUAAAGAGAAAACAGGCGUUACUGAAGUGGUACUUUCUGUAAUUUGAUACUAUUUGGUUUAACCAUCUUCACUUUAGUAUUUGUACUGUUGUUGUAUUGGUAACUCCAUUAAGUACCCAAGCUGUUUGUCUUCCACCGAAGAGUGCUUUAUUAACAAGAACCUGUGAAAACCGUGUUUGUAGACUGUUGGAUGUUCUGAUACAAAGUGGGACGUUGGCAACCUAAACUGGAAGAGACUAUGAGGGUAGUGUUAGAGGAAUUGGGAGGGCAACCAGUCACAGAGCUGGAAGGUGAUGGCGAAGUCAUUCCUGUGUGUGGGCGAGGGACUGCAGGAUGGACGCCAUGGCUGCCUGCUGAGCAGCUGCCGGGUCAUAGAAAUCAAAGCCCUAGUUCCUUCCAUGCAUGAUAAGAAAAACACAACAAACUUUUGGUGUUUCUCCUUGGAAAUAGCCAUCCCAAAUAAUGGUGGCUUUAAAAAGGGGGGAAAAAAAGGUACUGCUUUAUUAGGGUCUGUCUCUAGCAUUGUGGAUUUCUGUUUUUAUGUGAUCAGCCAAAGGCCUUUCACGCCCCCUUUGAUUUCAGUGAGAGUUAUUUGCAUCCGGAUUUCAGUUGUUUGUAAAUAAGAGACUCACCGUUGCCUUUGGUUAGGGACUACAACUAACUCUUUGCAGAGUGCCUUCACCCACCCCCACCCCCACCACAGAAACACAGCAGAGUCUGUGUUGUAAAGCAAUCACAAAAACAAUUUAUUUGCUGCUAAAACAAAACAGUGGAGCCCCAAAUAGAAUUUUUUGCCUGUCCUGGUUUGAAGAACAGGGGAUACAAUAUGGAAAGGCUAUAGAAGGCACAUGUCUUCACAUUGCAAGAUGAAUGAACCAGGUGAGCAGGCAAUUCCAUCUUUAAAAGCUGCCUUUUUAACAAAACUAAGAACUGUAAGAAGCAGUUGGAAUAAACAGAUCAAAGUCUGUUAAUGCAAAAAGUUACGGGAAGGCAUGGCUCCAUUUUGAUAUUUCCUCUCUUGUGGAGUAAAUGAUAAGGUUGACUGGCUUCGAGGGGAGAUGGCAUAUGCCAUCAUCUUGGUCAGACAAGGGGCUCUUCCCCGCCAGGUGUAAUGGGUGUAAUGCCACUUUUUAAACCCCGGAGACUAGCUCUCAGAGGAAAGGUGGUUUCCUAUCCCUGGAAGUGAACGAGGUACAAAGACCCAUGUACCAAAUGGGAGACAGGAAGACCCCUCUUGGGUAAGCUUUGGAUGGGAAGAGAAACAUUCCACUUGCUGUCUUGUGCUAGGAGACAAUACUAAGUAUUCAGACUGUGUGCCCUUGCAUAAAACAUUGGCUUCUCAGGGCAAUUCUUCUUACUUUGACAGUUUUAAAGGCCAUCUUCUGUUUAAAUAAUCCAGGUAGUUCUGAAAAUCAAACUUCCCUCUGAACUGCCCUUAGUUUGGCUUUUUAUUCCAUCAGAACAAGCUCAGUGUGCUGUCUCCCUCACAGGGAAUAAGCCAUUUUGUGUCCUGGCCAAGAGUGAAAAAUCUGGGCUUCAGUGUUAACCACAGUACUUCUUAUUUUACAAAUUGCCUUUUUGUGUUGGCUGCUCAAGUUACCAGCUAAAAUUGCUAUCACUGUGGCUCUUUCUAAAAAAUCUUUGUAUUUAACUGUCUCACUGAAAUGAGUCCUGGGAAACUAGUGAUUUGAUCAAGAAGUAUUCCCUGGAUCACACCAAGACUAGGGUGUGCUUCAGGGGAUUUCAUAGCUCACUGUUCAACUUACUGAGGGCGGAUCUGGAAACCAGGAAGCCUCUGGGUCUCACUGAUGGAACGUUCUUCCUGCUAUGAAUAAGAGCGGACUCUUUUUUUCCCCAACAGAAACUUAAACACACCCUGAAUCUUCUGAAAUUCUAACUUCAAGUCCUUGUCAUGGAAAGACUGUUGCUAUGGAAUAUGAAAUAGGGAGAGUCAGAGAGAAUCCUUUAAACUUAAGAGCCUUAAAUAACUUUCAAAGUACACUAAGACAGUUUCCAUUGGAAUUAAAAUUAGAAAUGAAUAUUUUUAGGUGUCCUUGAAGCUUUUGGGGAACUUGUGUCCAAAGUCAGAGACAGUCCAAAGGAAGGGUGUCUGCAAAACUGGGUAUCUAGAAGUAUAGACAGACUUCUAUUUUGUAAUGCUAAAGAAAAACUAGAAAUCUCUUAGUUGUCCACAAAGAGGGGUAAAUCCUGAGCAGUGUCUCACCAAAGCAAGUAGCCUUCCUUGUCCACUUUGCCACUUCUGGGUGGCACGCUGCUCUUCUAGUCUCCAGCAUUCUUCUGUUCCAAACUUGGCCCCAUUAGCCUGUCACCCACCCACUUCAUCCUCUUCUCUCCUCUCCUCUCACAGGGGUGAUCUCUACUCUUUUCUUGGGCCCAGACAAUUUUUAGAGGAGUUCCCCAGUGUUCUCAUGAGGCAACUGCAUUUGGAGCCUAAUGGCCGGUUGUGCGCACCAUGCGGGCCUCCAGGCCUUGGGGUGUGUGGUGCCAAGAGCUCCUGGAGGCUUUCCUUUGCUUGAAUCACCACCAUUCAUGGCAAAUGAGCAAUGCUGUCUUUCGAUGUUGGUUCUAAAAGUAGCUUGUUUCUCUUCGUACAUUUUUAAGUAAUUAUUGCAGCUUGGAAGGCAGUGCUCAUCAAAGACAACUUUAAAAACAUUUUAAUUCUUUACUAGUUACCUCCUGCUAAAGCUGUUCUGGUAAGGCUGGCUCCUGCUCUUCCAUUUCUCUAAAUCUGAGUACUCAUGUUGCCAAGUGGAAAUACUACAGAUGACUUUUAAAAACUGGACAAUUCACGUAUACUGUGUAGGACAUUACCUCCUUAAUUGCCCAGUAGAAUUAACUGUCAGCAGAUGUGUCCAUCUGAUUAUAGUAUUGCAGUUUUAUAUUAAUAAUUUGCAGAGUUUUAUCUAACCUGCACUCGUGUACAGAUUAUUAAAAGUUUUAAAAUGUAACUGAUGAAUCAGUAUUUGAUCAAUCACUGUCUUGAUUUUUUUAUUAAAAUGUAUAUUUCUAAUCAUAUUUUAUAAAGCCUAGAGAACUGGUUGAAUGUUUAUUUUCCUGAAGGUAUUUUUAAGAUAAAGCUUCAUAAUGGCCUGUAAACUUUGCAUAUCUAUGUAGUUUGAUAUAUAUUGUUGAGUUUGAAAAUCUUGUGUAUUGUACUGGUUUUAUACAAAAUAUUGAAUAGUGAAAGUUGUAUAAUUAUAAUCAUAUAAUUAAAAGUAUUAACCAAACAGCC